CGUAAUGCCAAGCAAAGUUCCAUUCAUUUAACGCUCUCGGCUCGUUUCAGUUCUCGGGCAGGUGUCAAGCGACGUACACACGAAACGCCGACGCGGUCACAAUUCCAGAAUAUCAUAUACAUGCUAUAUAUUUGUAUGCUCAAGUGGCUAAUUUACAUACGCGUUGCGUCCCGUCUCUUUACCUGAACCUGAGCUGUCUGGACUACACUCUUUCACAUUUCCUUACGGGAAGCUAGUGUACAAAGUCACAACAAAUUUUCAAGACAUAUAUUCUCGGUACAUAUAUAUAUUUCUGUAUCCAAACAACGAUCGCCAUGCUGGACCCCAUUUCGGACGCACCGCUGGUCUUGGCCUACGCCUUUAUGUCGCUGCUGGUGCUCAUUCUGUGCUUCAUACUGGUCAAUGUGGUCCACAAGCUGUAUCGCAGUCUCAACGGCGAGGUAUCAGCGGGUCUGGUUUCCCCGGCACAGCAGCUGAAGACCUCCAUCAUGGAGCUAGACGCCAUGAAAACCGGUUAGGAUGGGUGCAGCGCAGCUGGCUAUGAGAGGCGCGAGAAUCUCAAGUCUCAGUCUCCGAUGUCAGAGCUCCGGUUUUAAUUCGGGCGAUUGGAGCGAUGUACGAGGAACGACAGCUGCUGACCACCCCCACACGCACGAACCACACAACCUAGACGCCUGUUGAUAUAUUAAGCUAUGCAAUUAGUCUAGACGUAAAUAAAUACACGAAACUAGGCUUACGAGUAGAAAUUAACUACAUUAAACGCGCUGGUCCUCUAGUCACUUAAUUGUUCGUUUUUGCCCUAAGGUUAGGUUACAUGUACAUUGAUAUUGUAAAUAAAAUAACGUGAACGAUA